UACGGUGUGCUUGCUUUCGUGUUUUUAUUAUAUAUAUUUCCAACUAAAGUUUUGAAAUGGGUAAAGUGAAACAAGAAACUGCCGAUUCAGAAAAUCAAGGAGACGUUUCCAUUAAAAAUGAACCACAGAGCUACGAUGAAAAGGUAGACCACUGCAGUGUGAUAGCAAAGCCGAUGGCACCGAAGAAACUAAGCAAAAAGAUCUACAAAUUGAUCAAAAAGUCCAGCAGUCAUAAGAAUUAUAUUAGGAAUGGUCUAAAAAUUGUGCAAAAGCAACUACGCCUAGGAGAGAAAGGAAUAGUUGUAUUUGCUGGUGAUAUUUCUCCCAUAGAAAUAAUGUGCCACUUACCUGCCGUAUGUGAAGAGAAGGACAUACCAUACUGUUACACACCUAGUCGUAAAGACAUUGGUUCUGCCAUGGGCACAAUGAGGGGGUGCAUCAUGGUUAUGGUGAAAGAACAUGAUGAUUAUAAGGAAUUAUUUGAUGAGGUUAAAGGAGACAUCAAAAUGCUAGGACAUCCUUUAUAAAAUAGUUUUAAGACUAAACAUUUUAGGUUACGAUAAAAUUAUAGUUGCUGCUGUUGUUAAGACAAUCCAUGGUAUGUUCUGGACACUAUGUUUUAUACACUCAAUUAGUAUUUUUAACAAAUCACGUCCAUUCCUAAUGUUGCUAUGUCUAUAUUUUAAUCUUGACUGCUCUUGAAUGAAGUAUGGUUGUCAAGCAAUGCUACUACAUGACACUGUUGCUAUAGGUGUAUCACUAACAUUCCUUGUCAGUCAGGUACCUUGUUACAAAAAAAAAAAAAAAAAAAAAAAAA